AUGGGUACAGCGAACCUGUCUGUGUCUAUGGCAACCUGUAGAAGACCAAAGCAUGGAGCGUUCUGCGGGCGUACAGAGGAUUCAGUCGGUGGUAUCUCCUUCAAAGAAGAGCCAUUUGUGAAUGAUGGGUCGUCUGUAUUAGACAAAUCUGUGGGAUCACUGGCACUGGCGCUGGCACUGGCACCAAUCGCCUUUAAGGCUCGCGAAAAUGGAUUUGCUGGUCUGCGGGAGACUCUGCUUCUCAGGCUCGGAUCUUUGCCCAUGAAUUCCAACCUCUGGACGAUCGCACCGGCAAAGCUCACAUGCCCUCAUGCCACACCCACGGCAUUCGAGGACGAAAGUUUCCAUUUGGACACCGCAGUCGUCACAAGUGUGCACACCAUCGAUUCUUUUCCAGGUACCUUUGUGGUCUCACUCCUCGUCCUUGAGUUUUACAACGCAGGUUUGACACGCCCACAUCGCGCACCCAGGACAUUCAAGGAUGAAAUGUGCCAUCUUCUGUUCGCAUUCCUCGCAUUCGUGCUGUCCCUCGAUCCUUCUCCAAAGACCGCCAUGGGCACAGUCUUGAUCUUGUCGGAUUCCUUCGAGGCAUCCUUGGCAUGCUCUCAUAUUGCAUCCAGGACAUUGGAGGAUAAAACGUGA